AUGGGAAUGAAUGAAUUGGAGCAAUUUCUCCUAUGCCUAUAUAUAAAUACACGUUACGAUUCUUCCAACUUCCUCACAGAAACUCCUUCCAUCGUUUUCACUGAUAAACAACCCUCCAAUGCCCCUUCCCACAACCAUGUUUUUCAGCUUCCCACAACCGUUUCCAGCCACCACAACCCUAUUUUGCAGCCGCACGAAUGUUCAUCUACUUUGUUCCACACUAUCGCAGCUCCUGCCUCCGUCGUUUGGGCUCUGGUUUCCGACUUUGAAAAUCCUCAACGCUACAAGCCGUUCGUGAGAUCCUGCAGAAUCAUAGAUGGCCAGGCGAACCAAGUUGGAUGCUUACGCCGUGUGGAUGUUGCGUCAGGACUUCCAGCCUCCUAUAGCAUCGAGCGGCUCAAGAUUCUUGAUCAUGAUCAGCGCAUCUUCGGGUUCAGCAUUGUCAGCGGCGACCACCGAUUGUCGAACUAUCGCUCGAUCAUGAGCCUACACCCCAAUGGCAGCAAUGAGACGGUGGUUGUGGAGACUUACAUGAUUGAUGCGGCCGAGGCCAACACGAAAGAAGAGACGUGUGCCUUUGUGGAUACGAUCGUGAAACUGAAAUUGCGGACUCUGUCCAGAGUUGCUGAGGAUUUGGCGGGCAAAGCGCAACAAGUUUGA